AGCUGACUAGUCAGAGAAUAUCUACCAAUAAACAUCCAUCAUGACUUCCUAUAGGUCCAGCUCUGCUUCAUACUAUUCAGGCUCAUCUAGCAAAGGUGGCUUUGGAAGCCACAGCUUGGCUGGCAGCAACAGCUAUGGAGGCAGCAGCAGCUAUGGAGCAGGAGGCAGCAGCUUUGGAGCAGGCUUCAGCAGUGGUGUGGGUUCUGGCUUUUCAUCCUCUGGAGGUAACUUUGCCAUGGCAGAAGCAGCUAGUUCCAGCUUUGGUGGAAAUGAAAAGCAUGCCAUGCAGAAUCUCAAUGACCGUCUCGCUUCCUACCUGGAGAAAGUGAGAGCCUUGGAAGCCACCAAUAGCGACCUGGAAGGGAAGAUCCGUAACUGGUACGAUAAGCAAUCAGAUGCAGGCAUUGGUGCUGGGUCUAAAGAUUACAGCAAAUAUUUUGAAAUCAUCGCUGAGCUGAGGAACAAGAUUCGAGCUGCAACUAUUGAUAAUGCUACAGUGACUCUGCAAAUUGACAACGCCAGACUGGCUGCUGAUGACUUCAGACUUAAGUUUGAGAAUGAGCUGGCUCUUCGCCAGAGUGUGGAGGGUGAUAGCAAUGGCCUUCGUAGAGUCCUAGAUGAGCUGAUACUCGCUAGAGGGGACUUUGAGUUGCAGAUUGAGAGCUUGACUGAAGAGCUGGCCUACCUCAAGAAGAACCACGAGGAGGAGAUGAGCCAUGCAAAGAGCCAGAGUGCUGGCAAAGUGAGCGUAGAAAUGGACGCUGCUCCAGGUGUGGAUCUGACCAGCAUUCUGAAUAACAUGAGAGCUGACUAUGAAAUAUUGGCUGAGAAGAACCGCAGGGAUGCAGAGUUAUGGUUCAACCAGAAGAGUGGUGAGCUGAAGAAAGAGAUUUCCGUUGGUGUUGAACAAGUGCAGGCCAGCAAGAGUGAAAUCACUGAGCUGAAACGGUCACUUCAGAGCUUGGAAAUUGAGCUGCAAUCCCAACUGGCAAUGAAACAAUCGGUUGAAGGUAACCUGAACGAACUACAAGGCUUCUAUUCAUCACAACUUCAACAAAUUCAGAACACUAUCGGCAGCCUAGAGGAACAGCUUCUGCAGAUCAGGUCUGACAUGGAACACCAGAACACAGAGUACAAGCUCCUCCUUGACAUUAAGACCAGGCUGGAAAUGGAAAUUCAAACAUACAGGCGCCUGCUGGAGGGAGAACUGGGACAGGUGACCACAGUGGCAAAUGCAAGUUCUGUGGAGUCUAAAACAGAAUCCUCAUCAACAUCCACAACUAGAACCAGAAUGGUAAAGACCAUUGUCGAGGAGGUGGUUGAUGGGAAGGUUGUUUCAUCAAGAGUCGAGUAAAUCCAACAGAAUGCGAAAUAAAUGCACAAAUAAGCAGAAAUCUUCCCUGAGAUCCUGAAGUGUUACUGAUGACAAAGAAAUUAUGGAAACUUCUCAAUAAAAGACCUUAACUC